CACACACACACAUUCAAUUCACAUACAAAAACUAAGCUAGCUAAGCUAAGCUAAGCGAGAUUAUCACAGUAGCUAGCUAGCUAGCUGAAUUAAUUAGCAUGGGAUUCACGGUGACGAGGACGAGCAGGUCGCUGGUGGCGCCGUCGUCGCCGACGCCGGCGGAGACGCUGCCGCUGUCGGUGAUCGACCGCGUGGCGGGGCUGCGCCACCUGGUGCGGUCGCUGCACGUCUUCGAGGCCGGCGGCCGCAACGGCGGCGGCGAGCCGGCGAGGGUGGUGAUCAGGGAGGCGCUGGGGAAGGCGCUGGUGGAGUACCACCCGUUCGCCGGGAGGUUCGUGGAGGGCGACGGCGGCGGCGAGGUGGCGGUGGCGUGCACCGGCGAGGGGGCGUGGUUCGUGGAGGCGACGGCGGCGUGCAGCCUGGAGGAGGUGAAGCUGCUGGACCACCCGAUGGUGAUCCCCAAGGAGGAGCUCCUGCCGGAGCCGGCGCCCGACGUCCAGCCGCUCGACAUCCCUCUCAUGAUGCAGGUGACGGAGUUCACGUGUGGCGGGUUCGUGGUGGGGCUCAUCUCGGUGCACACCAUCGCCGACGGCCUCGGCGCCGGCCAGUUCAUCAACGCCGUCGCGGACUACGCGCGCGGCCUCGCCAAGCCGCGGGUGUCGCCGGUGUGGGCGCGCGACGCCAUCCCGGACCCGCCCAGGAUGCCGGCGCCGCCACCGCGGCUGGAGCUGCUCGACCUCCGCUACUUCACCGUCGACCUCAGCCCGGACCACAUCGCCAAGGUCAAGUCCGCCUUCUUCGAGUCCACCGGCCACCGCUGCUCCGCCUUCGACGUCUGCGUCGCCAAGACAUGGCAGGCCCGCACCCGCGCCCUCGUCGCCGCCGCCGCCGCCGCCGGAGACGACGACCAGGAGCGCCGCACCGUGCGCGUCUGCUUCUUCGCCAACACGCGCCACCUGAUGCUCAAGGGGGACGGCGCGGCGGCGGCGGCGACGGGGUUCUACGGCAACUGCUUCUACCCGGUGGCGGCGGUGGCGAGCGGCGGCGAGGUGGCCGGCGCCGACAUCGUCGACGUGGUGCGCAUCGUCCGGGACGCGAAGGCGAGGCUCGCCGCCGACGUGGCGCGGUGGGCGGUGGGCGGGUUCGAGGAGGACCCCUACGAGCUGACCUUCACCUACGACUCCCUCUUCGUCUCCGACUGGACGCGGCUCGGCUUCCUAGACGCCGACUAUGGCUGGGGCACGCCGUCGCACGUCGUGCCGUUCUCCUACCACCCGUUCAUGGCCGUCGCCGUCAUCGGCGCGCCGCCGGCGCCCAAGCUCGGCGCGCGCGUCAUGACCAUGUGCGUCGAGGAGGCGCACUUGCCGGAGUUCAGGGACCAGAUGAACGCCUUCGCCGCCGCCAACUAGCUACACAUGCUUAUACUAUCAUAUCAUGCACACUAGUUAAUUAUAUUAAUUACAGUAAUUAUAAUCCUUAUUAGUAUUAAUUAAUCAUCAAGAGGGACAGUGCAAUUAAUUAAGCAUUGUCUCAUGCAACUCUGAUCGAUCGAUCGAUCGGUGUGUGUACGUAAUUCGGCUGGUUAAUAAUGGAUUUGCAACUUCCUUCCCCCGCAGUAGACAUAUCUAGUUAAUUGCGUUGUGUAAGAGAAAUUAUUUUUCCUUCUAAUAUAUUGACUUGUAAUUGUGUUGCGCGUUCACGAAAAAUAAUGGAUUUGCAAGUAGUAUUAACAA